AUGUCGAAAAGGGGUGGCGCCAUUACCGACCAGAUGGUCAAGCUGAUCGUCGGCGCCGGCCAGGCUAGUCCCAGUCCGCCCGUCGGUCCAGCCCUCGGUAGUAAGGGUGUCAAGUCUAUGGAUUUCUGCAAGGAGUUCAACGCGCGGACGGCACACAUCAUCGCUGGCACGCCCAUGCCUUGCCGCGUCACCGUCCGACCCGACCGAUCGUUCCACUUUGAGAUCCGCACACCGCAGACGUCGUGGAUGCUCAAGAACGUCGUCGACGCGCCCAAGGGGAAGAAGGGCCGCAAGGGCGCCAGCAGACCCGGACACGAGACGGUGGGGACCAUCAGCCUCAAGCACGUGUACGAGGUGGCCAAGAUCAAGCAGUCCGAGAUGCGGCUGGCGGGACUGCCGCUCAAGGGAAUCUGCAGGGCCGUGAUUCACCAGUGUCGAUCCAUGGGAAUCAAUGUCGUGGCAUGA